AUAUUUGACGACGCCAUGUGCAGAGAAAAGCCUUUCCACCUUCCAUUCUUUGCGCCUUCCUCGCAGAUCCUCCGGCUUCCAUCUUCCUCCAUGGCCGCCGCCGCUCGCCGCCUCUCUGCAGCAUCUCUCCCCCUCCGCCACCAUCACCUCCUCCUCCGGCCUUUCGCCUCAUCCGCUAGCGGCCAGCCCCCGAUCGCCGUCGAGACCAGCGUCCCCUUCACUGGGCACAAGAUCGAGCCACCCUCGCGCCUCGUCGACACCACACCCUCCGAGCUCCUCUCCUUCUUCCGAGACAUGACUUUGAUGCGCCGCAUGGAGAUCGCCGCUGACUCUCUCUAUAAGUCCAAGCUCAUCCGCGGGUUCUGCCACCUCUACGACGGCCAGGAGGCCGUCGCCAUCGGCCUCGAGGCGGCCAUCACCAAAAAGGACGCCAUCAUCACCGCCUACCGCGACCACUGCAUCUUCCUCGCCCGCGGAGGGUCUCUCGUCGAGUCCUACGCCGAGCUCAUGGGCCGCCGCUCCGGGUGCUCCAAGGGAAAGGGCGGGUCGAUGCACUUUUACAAGAAGGAUUCGGGAUUCUUCGGUGGCCACGGGAUCGUUGGCGCCCAGGUGCCGCUUGGAUGCGGCCUUGCCUUCGCCCAGAAGUACACCAAGGAGGGGACCGUUUCUUUUGCGUUGUAUGGUGACGGGGCUGCGAACCAAGGACAGCUGUUUGAGGCCCUCAACAUCUCGGCGCUUUGGGACUUGCCGGUCAUUUUGGUCUGCGAGAACAAUCACUAUGGAAUGGGAACAGCCGAAUGGAGGGCCGCGAAGAGCCCUGCCUAUUACAAAAGAGGGGAUUACGUCCCUGGUUUGAAGGUUGAUGGAAUGGAUGUUCUUGCUGUUAAGCAAGCAUGCAAAUUUGCAAAGGAGUAUGCUUUGCAAAAUGGACCCAUUAUUCUUGAGAUGGACACUUACAGGUACCACGGUCAUUCCAUGUCAGAUCCUGGAAGCACUUAUCGCACCCGUGAUGAGAUCACUGGCGUGAGGCAGGAGCGUGAUCCUAUUGAAAGAAUCAGGAAGUUGAUAUUGUCCAAUGAAGUAGCCACUGCCUCUGAUCUCAAGGAUAUCGAGAAAGAAGUCAGGAAGGAAGUAGACGAUGCCAUUGCUCAAGCGAAGGAAAUCCCAAUGCCUGAUCCUUCUGAGCUAUUUACCAAUGUAUAUGUAAAGGGUUUUGGUGCAGAGGUGUUUGGUGCUGAUAGGAAGGAGGUGAAAGCUGUUCUUCCAUGAAUCAAGCAAACAUUGAUACAAUGAAGAUUCUUUUCUCAUGAAAGCUCUUAAAAAUAAACAAGGAAACUGAAAUUUUCUGAUUGGUGUGCAUUUCGGCAUCCAACAGAGCAUUUCUAGAUGUAUCCAUUCCUUGUGCAUUUCUUCAAUUAUAACCCAUCUGUGGAUGUCAAGAUUUCUUGAAACUGAGCUAAUUUACACUCAUGUGCUAGAUUUACUUCCUGAUGAUCUUUUUUAUA